GCUGCCAUGUUGGAGGAACCAUCUGCUACUUUAGGUGGGGUAGCGUAGUUCCCAAACAGUUUGUAGAUUGACCGAAGCAAGUGUGGUGAUUAGAGUGGAGCACGCACUUGUCACAGGGGCGCUACCGGAAUCGCUGGUGGGCAUAUUUCUGCCCUGUGAGGUUUUCUGAGCGCGCGGGGCUGCAGCAAGGCGUGGGCGCCCCCCUAUCCCCUUGGGCGCCCCGCCGCACGCACAUGUCCCGGCGGUAGGCGCGCGGUGCGGCCUGGGAGAGUCGGAAGCGCGACGAGGCCCGGCGAGGCGGCAGCGAAGGGCCAUGCAGGACGCGGAGAACGUGGCGGCGCCAGAGGCGGCCGAGCAGCGGGCCGAGAUCGGGCAGCAGCAGCCGACCGCCGAGCCGCCGCCGGGAGAGAAGCCGGCGCGGCCCGGCGCGCAGGAGGCGGCGGGCGGCGAGGACGAGGAGGCUGGGCCGGGGCCUGAUCUGCCGGCCGAGCCCGCGGCGGACGGGGAGGAGAAGGCCGACGCGACCCACGGCGUAUCCCCGCCGCCGCCCGAGGAUCCCCCCACCCCGGCCGCGGGCGAGGCCCCGGCGGGGCAGGCGCGGGACUCUGCGUCCGAGACCGGGUCCGAGGGAUCGGGCGGGGAGCCAGGCGGCGCGGCGGAGAACGGCGGCGCGGACGAGCCCUCCUUCAGCGACCCCGAGGACUUCGUGGAGGACGUGAGCGAGGAAGAAUUACUGGGAGAUGUACUCAAAGAUCGGCCACAGGAAGCAGAUGGAAUCGAUUCCGUGAUUGUGGUCGACAAUGUUCCUCAAGUGGGACCUGACCGUCUGGAGAAACUCAAAAACGUCAUCCAUAAGAUCUUUUCCAAGUUUGGGAAAAUCACAAAUGAUUUUUAUCCAGAGGAGGAUGGAAGGACAAAAGGGUAUAUUUUCCUGGAAUAUGCAUCCCCUGCCCACGCUUUGGAUGCUGUGAAAAAUGCCGAUGGCUACAAGCUCGACAAGCAGCACACAUUCAGAGUCAACCUCUUCACCGAUUUUGACAAGUACAUGACUAUCAGUGAUGAAUGGGAUAUUCCAGAGAAACAACCUUUCAAAGACCUGGGAAACUUACGUUAUUGGCUUGAAGAGGCAGAAUGCAGAGAUCAGUACAGUGUGAUAUUUGAGAGUGGAGACCGCACUUCCAUAUUCUGGAAUGACGUCAAGGAUCCGGUCUCCAUUGAAGAGAGAGCGAGAUGGACGGAGACGUACGUGCGCUGGUCUCCUAAGGGCACCUACCUGGCGACCUUUCAUCAGCGAGGCAUUGCUCUUUGGGGGGGAGAGAAAUUCAAACAGAUUCAGAGAUUCAGCCACCAAGGGGUUCAGCUUAUUGACUUCUCACCUUGUGAAAGGUACCUGGUGACUUUUAGCCCCCUGAUGGACACUCAGGAUGACCCUCAGGCCAUCAUCAUCUGGGACAUCCUUACCGGGCAGAAGAAGAGAGGUUUUCACUGUGAAAGCUCGGCCCAUUGGCCUAUUUUUAAGUGGAGCCACGAUGGUAAAUUCUUUGCCAGAAUGACACUCGAUACUCUCAGCAUCUAUGAAACUCCUUCUAUGGGUCUUUUGGACAAGAAGAGCUUGAAGAUCUCUGGCAUAAAAGACUUCUCCUGGUCUCCCGGUGGUAACAUAAUAGCCUUUUGGGUGCCUGAAGAUAAGGAUAUUCCAGCCAGGGUAACGCUGAUGCAGCUUCCUACCAGACAAGAGAUCAGAGUUAGGAAUCUAUUUAACGUUGUGGACUGCAAGCUACAUUGGCAGAAAAACGGAGACUACUUGUGUGUUAAAGUAGAUAGGACUCCGAAAGGUACCCAGGGUGUUGUCACAAAUUUUGAAAUUUUCCGAAUGAGAGAAAAACAGGUGCCUGUCGAUGUGGUCGAAAUGAAAGAACCCAUCAUAGCCUUCGCCUGGGAGCCGAACGGGAGUAAGUUUGCUGUGCUGCAUGGGGAAGCUCCUCGGAUAUCGGUGUCUUUCUACCACGUGAAGAACAAUGGCAAGAUCGAGCUCAUCAAGAUGUUUGAUAAGCAGCAGGCCAACACCAUCUUCUGGAGCCCCCAAGGGCAGUUCGUUGUGUUGGCUGGUCUGCGGAGUAUGAACGGCGCCUUGGCCUUCGUUGACACUUCGGACUGUACGGUCAUGAAUAUCGCGGAGCACUACAUGGCCUCCGACGUCGAGUGGGAUCCGACUGGGCGCUAUGUCAUCACCUCCGUGUCCUGGUGGAGCCACAAGGUGGACAAUGCCUAUUGGCUGUGGACUUUCCAAGGCCGCCUUCUGCAGAAGAACAGCAAAGACCGCUUCUGCCAGCUGCUGUGGAGGCCUCGGCCCCCGACCCUCCUGAGCCAGGACCAGGUCAAGCAAAUUAAAAAGGAUCUGAAGAAAUACUCCAAGAUCUUUGAACAGAAGGACCGUUUGAGCCAAUCCAAAGCCUCAAAGGAAUUAGUGGAGAGAAGACGAACCAUGAUGGAAGAUUUCCGAAAAUACCGGAAAAUGGCUCAAGAACUCUAUAUGGAGCAGAAAAACGCACGGCUAGAGUUGCGAGGAGGUGUGGACACUGACGAGCUGGACAGCAACGUGGACGACUGGGAGGAGGAGACCAUCGAGUUUUUUGUCACCGAAGAAAUUAUUCCUCUUGGAAACCAGGAGUGAUCCGGGAGCACUGUGAUAGCGGCCUUGACCUUCAUGCUUCUCCCGUCUGCCACAGUAGCAGCCGCCGCUGGGCUCAGUGCAUCCCGUGCUGCGCUCGAGAGGCCAGGAGGGGCCGUCAGCCUCCCUCGGGGUGUCCUGCUCUGCAGCUGAGCUUUGAAAAGUGAUGCGUCAGCCCAAACACAGUUCCUUCUUUUUCAAUUUUUUGUUUCCUGUGCUUGUGGUUCACCUGAUGAGAAAGAACCCUUUAGCCUUUUCCUCAGCUACACAGGUUUGAAGACUUCCAUGGACAGUUGUCACUUUAGCCACUAGUACGUGGUCCUGUUUGAAUAUUUAACUCUUUCCCCCGCGGAGGAGGGAGUGAGCAAAUCCAGGUAACUCAGCUCGUUUUCACCUGCAGUGUCCUGCUGCCUUCGGUGCCUUGUGAAACGGCAGCUUCUUCCACCUCUGUCUCUUUUCUCUCCUGGAACCUGAAGCUUAGUUUAAAAAGCCACGAAGCACGGAACAGGUGCGCUUGGAGCUCACAGCCGUGACCUCUGUGUACAGUGGACAGACCUAAGACGGCCUUGCGGGGCAGGACAGGCAAACGUCUGCCCCCGCGGCUCGGCCGGCUGGUGCGGAGCGGCCCCGACCGGCAGCGGCCCCGCUACCUGGCCUCGCUACCUGGCCUCGCCCGUGUGAGCCGGCGCUUCGCGUUCUUCCUCUCUCGGGGCCUGGGCUUCCUCUGCGGCCCCUCAUCCUGCCGUGUAGCUCAUCCUCGCGCCCUCUCAGAGUCACAGCAAUUCCUGUUUCCUUUCACGUUCUUUAAACUUCACUGUGUCGAGACCUAGUUUUUCUAAUUUCUUGGCAGUAAGGAGGAAAAGGCACAUGGCUCUAUCACGUGAACAGAUUUUUAACAGAGCUUUUGAAAGAUUAACUUUUCACUGUUUUAAACGGGCUAGUUGUAACUUUUACAUAGUUUGUGAAUAAAAAUUUCUUAAGCAAU